GAGAGAGAAAAGGGAAUGCAGAUUUUGUCGGCUCUCUCCAAAGUUAAACCUUCCAUACUUGAGAUUCUCAGUUGCCUCUUUCCACAGCUCUUUCUUGAAUGGAACUGUGGAGGGCUUGAGGGCACUCCCAGUAACCUUAGUAUACUGAGAUUUUCAAGGAGACCAAGUUUUCAGAAAAUGGAGGCUGGACCAUCAUUCUGUGGUGAAGAAGUGGAGAACCAGAAGGUGGCAGAAGACGGGAGAGAUCGCUUGGAGGAGGAUGAGCAUCAAGAAAGCAUCACAAGCUUUACCCCUGGUCCUUUGCUUUCUCUUAAAGACCAAAUUGAGAAAGACAAGGAGGAUGAGAGUCUGAGGAGGUGGAAAGAAAAGCUGCUGGGAUGUCUGGAAAGUGACUUAAAUGGGCAAAUGGAGGCUGAAGUAAAAUUCCAUUCUAUUGGAAUCAUUUCCUCUGCCUCUGGGGAGAUUACUGCUCCAUUACCCAUUAACAAAGGCCAAGAAGGAGCUGUGCUGUUCACUCUAAAGGAAGGGUCUGAAUAUCAGCUUAAGCUGGCAUUCACUGUAAUGCACAACAUCGUAUCCGGCCUGGCAUACACAAACACUGUAUGGAAGGGUGGUCUUCAAGUUGACCAAAGCAAAGGAAUGGUGGGCACAUUUGCUCCUCAAAAGGAGCCAUAUGUACACACUUUAGAAAAGGAGACAACUCCCUCGGGCGUACUUGCCCGAGGAGUGUAUAAAGCAAACCUUAAGUUUGUGGACGAUGACAAGAGAUGCCAUUUGGAGCUCGGUUAUUCUUUUGAAAUCAACAAGGGCAAGUAGUCAAGUUGAAGCCAAAGUGUUUUUCUGUGCCUGUUGGUAUAUUCAUAUUGUCCAUUUCAUGUGGACAUUCCCGAGAAUUUGAUUUACCAUCAUCAUGUAUACACAGGGUAUUAUUGCUUCAAAUCACAUUCUGAGCUUUAUUAUCCUAUGGGACUUUGUUGGUUAGUGCCAAACAACUAUAAUCUGGGCAUGCAAUUUACUGCCUCUUAUAGAUUACUCA